CCAAAUUAUCAUAAUAAAGUUUUAACACACAAUCAAACUCAUAAAAAAUAUUACAAAAGCUAUGGAAAGCACAGACUCAUCUUCCACCCAACCUUACCCUCAGCUUCCUCCUGGAUUUCGCUUCCAUCCUACUGAUGAAGAACUUAUUGUUCAUUACCUUAAAAGGAAGGCCUCUUCUUCCCCUCUUCCUGUUUCGAUUAUCGCCGAGGUCGAUUUGUACAAGUUUGAUCCAUGGGAGCUUCCAAGUAAGGCAAUCUUUGGAGAACAGGAGUGGUACUUUUUUAGUCCUAGAGACCGAAAGUACCCAAAUGGGGCCCGGCCUAAUAGAGCUGCAACUUCAGGUUAUUGGAAAGCUACUGGAACUGAUAAGCCAAUAUUGACAUCUAAUGGAAAUCAAAAAGUUGGUGUUAAGAAAGCUCUUGUUUUCUAUGGUGGUAAACCUCCUAGAGGAAUCAAAACUGAUUGGAUUAUGCACGAAUAUCGCAUUAUUGACGCCAAUUCUACCUCCAAAUUGCCUCAUCCUCUCGUCGAUCAUCCUUCAAAGAAAGCAUCUCUUCGGCUCGAUGAUUGGGUUUUAUGCCGGAUUUACAAGAAGAACAACACUCAGAGAACGAUGGACCACGAAAGAGAUGAUCUAAUUGAGGAGAUGAUAAAGCAUCAAAAGUUGAUGAGAACAAUUUGUCCAAAAAAUACAACUUCUAUGAUGGAUCAUAACAAUAAUGAUCAAAAUUUAUUUGAUCUUUCACAAUUAGGCACUUCAACUUCAAGGCAUGAUUUGUAUGACAUGCAAGGAAAUGAUCACAAGCGCGAAUUACCAGUUUCUCUGUAUUGGGAUGAUCAAAUGGGUUCCAUUGGAUCAUCAUCUGGAAGGCGAUUUCAUCAUCCACAAUCGGAUCAGACAACUGGGAGUACUGGUACUGAUGGAAAUAGUUCAUCAUUUGUUUCCAUGUUAAGUCAACUUCCUCAGGGGAUCAAUAAUACUACUACUGUCCCUUUUAGCAUGGGGAGUCCCUUGUUAGUUGGGAACAUUGGGGAUGGAGUUUUAAGGCCACCCUUUCAGCUUUCUGGUGGGACAUGGAAUUCAUAGUUUCUUCGAUCAUCAAAUUCAUCAUCAUGAUAUAUAUAUAUAUAUACUUUAAUUUUAUGUAUACAUAUUGAAGCAAAUACAGUGAAAAGAAACUAUAUACAUUUGUUAAGUGAAUACCAAGUGAACUUUAUAGUAUAUUGUGAGCA